GCCAAGAAGAAGAUCAAACAAACAAACAAACAAACACAAAACAAACUUUUAGCAGUAGCAGUAGUAGUCCGGUACCCCGCCCCUUUACGCCCCUUCAUCCUUCAUCAAAUGUAAUUCGUCAUCAGGAACUUAGUCAGAAAAUAUGACGAGUGCUAGUCAAUCAGAUUUAGCCGGUGUAGGAGAGGUUGAAAAUGUACGUGUUGUACUACGAGUGAGACCACUAGCUGAACAGGAGACUCUGAGUGGCUGCCGUCAAAUUACAUCUGUAGAUUCGUCAUGCAAUUCGAUAUCUGUUACCAAUCCUCAAGCACCAGCAGAAGAACCACCAAAGGUUUUCACCUUUGAUACUGUGUUUGACACAGAUUCAACACAGCUUGAUGUUUACAACAGAGUUGCUGCUCCAAUUGUGAACAAAACCCUUGCAGGGUACAAUGGUACAAUUCUGGUUUAUGGACAAACUGGCACUGGCAAAACUUAUACUAUGGAGGGACUGCACAGUGACCCAGCUCUUAGGGGAAUAAUUCCCAACUCAUUCAUACACAUAUUUAGCCAUAUAGCUCAAGCUAAAGAGGAUACCAAGUUCCUUGUACGAGUAUCUUACUAUGAGAUUUACAAUGAAGAAGUUCGUGAUCUUCUAGGGAAGGACCAACGUGCUCGUCUAGAAGUCAAAGAAAGACCAGAUAUUGGAGUUUAUGUGAAGGAUUUAUCCUCGUACAUUGUCAACAAUCAUGAAGAUAUGUUACGUAUUAUGACCCUUGGCAACAAAAAUCGAGUUGUUGGGGCUACAGCUAUGAAUGUUGAGAGCUCUCGUUCCCAUGCUAUAUACUCUACCACUAUUGAAUCAACAACUGCUGGGGAAGCAGAACAACACGUCAGAGUUGGACGCCUUCACCUUGUUGAUUUAGCAGGAUCAGAACGACAGAGUAAAACUGGAGCAACAGGGCAGAGGUUCAAGGAGGCUACAAAGAUAAAUCUAUCCUUGUCUACCCUGGGAAACGUUAUUUCAGCAUUAGUCGAUGGCAAAAGUACACACAUACCUUACAGGAAUUCUAAACUAACAAGACUACUUCAAGACUCCCUUGGAGGAAAUUCUAAAACUGUGAUGUGUGCAAACAUUGGACCUGCCGACUACAACUAUGACGAAACAAUUAGUACACUCCGCUAUGCCAAUCGUGCUAAAAACAUUAAGAACCGUGUUCGUGUCAAUGAGGAUCCCAAAGAUGCUUUACUUCGUAAAUUUCAAACUGAAAUUGAAACUCUCCGGCGUCAGCUUGAAGACCGAGAAGCUGGAAUUGUGUCUGAGGGUUCAGAAUCGGAGGCAGAAUCUUCCAAUGGAGAGGAAGAAGGCGGAAAAACAGAGAAAAAAGAACGCAAAAAACGCAGUUCAGGCUCAGGACCUACUGUACUCCUUAUGGAUCAGUUGGCUGAUGCUGAGGCUGCUGCUCAAGAUGGAAGAAACCUAGAGGACUGGAAUGAGGAGGAACCUCAAGAAAAUGAGAUGGAGAAAGAAUUGAAGCGAAUAGCUGAGCAAGAAGAAGCAGAAUUGUGCAAGGCUAGGAGUGAACAAGAGGCUUUGAGAGAAAAAUUGCAAAGUCUUGAAAGGAAAAUUCUUGUUGGAGGAGAGAACCUUCUCGAAAAAGCUGAUUUACAAGGUCAGCUUCUUUUGCAAUCUGCCCAGGAACUAGAGCAAACGAUGUCUCAAGAACAACAACUGCAACAAGAACUGCAACGCAAAGAAGCUGAAAGAAUUGACAUUGAGGAAAGGUACUCAAGUUUGCAGGAUGAAUGUGCUGGCAAAGGCAAAAAGCUGAGGAAAGUCACAUCAAUGCUUCUGUCAGCAAAAUCUGAGCUGGCUGACUUAGGUCAAGAACAUCAGAGAGAAAUGGAAGGCUUGCUGGAUUCUGUUCGCAUGCUGACAAAGGAACUUGCUUUACAGGAAUAUAUUCAAAAUAGUUUCAUUCCACGUGAAUACCAAGAUAUGAUUGAAAGAUAUUCCCAUUGGAAUGAGGACAUAGGAGAGUGGCAGCUGAAAUGUGUAGCCUAUACUGGAAAUAAUAUGAGGAAGCAGCUAGCACUAAACAGUCAAACUAUUAGCCGAGAGCCUAUGCAGCCCGAUAUCUCCAAUGUCUAUCUAUCUUAUGGUUCUGAUCGCCCAUCUAAUUUUGUCCGUGCAAAGUCAGGAUGCCAGCAUCCAGGAUCUUCAAGGCAAUGGCCCCUCACGUAAUUCUUCCUUCUUCGUCAGCCUGUUUUCAUCUUUCGCCCCAAAAUUGUAGCACUUAACACUCUAAUGGAUAUGCUUUGCAACAUUGAUGUUCAGUUUAUCAAAGUUACCACUUUAAUUUAUUAGCUUGUUAAUCAGUUUAUCAAGUAUAGCAGCCGUGAUAUGGUUAAAGAUUAAUGAAGAUGUGUAUUAUAAGAGCAUUUAUUGCAAAUUGUGAUGCUUUCUUUUUCCUUUUUUGUGAUAGUUCUCAAUUAUAUCAAGGUUAUAGAUAAUAUUUAAAAUGCUAGCUUUAAGUUUUCAUCAUUUCUAGUCUUUGCCACAGAUAACAAGAAACAAGACACAUUCCAAUACUUCAGAAGUUAAUGUUUCAAGAAGAGGACAUAGUUUAAAAUGUUCCAUAAAACGCUGAAAAUUUAUGUUUCUAGAAAUAAAAGUUCUUAGAGAUAAAGCA